GCCCCGGGAGCUGGGGUCCUUGGCGCGGCGGCGCCUCCGUGCCGUACAACAUGGCGGCGCUCUGGCGGGGGCGGAAGCAGCUCCUGCGUGUGGACGGGCUCCGCCGUACAGCGCGGGCCUUGUCAGGCAAGAACGAGUAUGAUCUCCUGGUGAUUGGUGGUGGUUCUGGUGGUCUUGCCUGCGCAAAAGAAGCUGCCCAGUUUGGAAAGAAGGUGGCUGUUUUAGACUAUGUGGAGCCUUCUCCUAAAGGAACCUCAUGGGGACUUGGUGGAACUUGUGUCAAUGUUGGCUGCAUUCCCAAAAAGCUUAUGCAUCAAGCAGCACUUCUUGGGAGUGCUCUUAAGGAUGCCCGGCACUAUGGCUGGAAUAUAUCCCAACCCAUUCACCAUGACUGGUCUACAAUGGCUCAAGCUGUUCAAAAUUAUGUCAAAUCUUUGAACUGGGGACACAGAGUGCAACUACAGGACAAAAAAGUGAAGUAUUUCAACCUCAAAGGCAGUUUUGCAGAUGCGCACACAAUCCAUGGUUUAACCAAAGCAGGAAAAGGGAUGACUCUUACUGCAGAAAACAUUGUUAUUGCCACUGGAUUAAGGCCAAAAUAUCCUACAGAUGUUGCAGGUGCACUGCAGUAUGGGAUUACAAGUGAUGAUAUAUUCUGGUUGAAAAAAUCUCCUGGAAAAACGUUGGUGGUUGGAGCCAGCUAUGUUUCCCUUGAGUGUGCUGGUUUUCUCACAGGCAUUGGGCUGGAUACCACGGUCAUGGUAAGAAGUAUCCCACUCCGAGGAUUUGAUCAGCAAAUGUCCUCCUUAGUAGCAGAUUACAUGGAAUCCCAUGGUACAAGAUUCUUAAAGAAAUGCAUCCCAACUAAAGUUGAAGAAUUGGACAGUGGCAAACUUCAAGUGUCCUGGAAAAAUGCUGAUAUGGGCAAAGAAGAAACGGAUUCUUUUGACACAGUGAUAUGGGCAGUAGGUCGAGUUCCUGAUGCUAAAACUCUUAAUUUGGAGACAGUUGGAGUGAAAAUGAAUUCUGAAACUGGAAAGAUCAUUGUUGAUGCCAGCGAAGCUACUUCUGUUCCUCACAUUUAUGCAGUUGGAGACAUAACAGAGGGGCGCCCAGAGCUAACACCUACUGCAAUAGCUGCAGGAAAACUGCUGGCUCGGCGUCUCUUCGGCCAAUCCUCAGAACUGAUGGAUUAUGACAGUGUACCCACUACGGUUUUCACUCCUUUGGAAUAUGGCUGUGUAGGACUGUCAGAAGAAGAGGCAGUGGGAUGUUAUGGAGCAGAUAACACUGAGGUGUACCAUGCAUAUUAUAAACCGUUGGAGUUUACUGUGGCUGAGAGAGAUGCAACUCAGUGUUAUAUAAAAAUGGUGUGCUUGCGAGAAAAAGAGCAACGACUUCUUGGCCUACAUUUUAUUGGACCAAAUGCUGGUGAAGUUAUUCAAGGAUUUGCUCUUGGAAUCAAAUGUGGCGCUACAUAUUCACAGAUGAUGAAGACAGUUGGCAUCCACCCUACCAGUGCUGAGGAGGUAACCAAGUUACAUAUCACAAAGCGCUCUGGCUUGGAUGCCACAGUCACAGGCUGCUGAGGUUAAGUACCAUCCCUGGAGAGAAGGAAAAGGAGCACACAAGAGAACUGACAAGGAAAAAGGGCAUCCUGGCAGAAACAGCUUUGACAGCUGCUGCCAUUUCAGGCUUCACUCCUUUAGUUUGGCAGCAAGAAAGAAACUUUAGUCUUGCAGCCAGACUGAACCUCUCUGAAGAACUGCCCAGACAACAAUCAAUGCGCUGCUUCCAAAAAUCCUAUUUCCCUGAAGCAUAUCAUUUCUGAAGUGCCUGGAUCCUGCUGGAGGUUUCAAAAAAAAAAGGGGGGGUUCGUUGCAUUUUAUGUAAAAAUGUAUCUUUGUGCUCAUCAUUCAGCGUCUGAGGCCAGCUUGAACAGAUGUCACUUGGUUUAUACCACUAACCACUGGCAGAUUACUUCCCCCUUGUGGGCAUGUUGAACCCUCAGAUAAGUGCACUGUCAAAUUGAAGCGGCUUGUGGUGUGCUCCGAAGAAUGCCAGGAGCCCGUUUGACAGGAUGUGGGAUUUUGACAGCCAGAGUCCGCCCCAGAGAACACCUUACUGCUGAGGUUCAUCUGUGGGGAGUAGUAGUAGUUCAUCAGGCUGCCCAAGGCUCUUGGGUCCUUUCAGUUUUUAUUAGGUAACAACCACCACUUCCUCAGUCGCAUCUAGCAGAGUGACUCGGAACUGGUGCUGAUCACAAGAGUUCCUAGUCAGCACACCCUGAUAGAAAGCAAACCCUAAUAUGUCUAGCAGCCAUCAUUGUUUCAUGGAAACAUACUGGGUAUAGGAAUUGGUAGCAGAGGAAAAUAUGAAGUGGCCGUUUCAGCUGCCAUGCUGUCAGAUGAAUUUAAUGUCGGCAAAGACAGAGUGUCCCAGAGGAGUCUGGCAGAUUUUAUUUAACAGUUUGGAGACUUGGCCGAUUAAGCUUUUCCAGAAAGAAGUUGGUUUUGGUGGUUAAGUUCCUGCAUAGUUUUUAAAUUGUUAAUUAAUUUCAGAUCAAACUGAAUUGAAACAUCACACGCAUUAUUGAUCCCUUGCCAAACACUAAGCAAUGUUGAAACAUUGGAUUCAAACCUAGAAACACAUGAAGUUGUAUUGGCUGUUCAGUGAGCUCUAGUCUUUCAGCAAUAAAUAGAGAUCUGGUUUAUAUGAUACGUUUUUUAAUAGAUUUGCAUUGAUAAACCAAAGCCCCCUUAAGCUCUGACAAAAUUAACUUGGGAGGAGAGGGAAAGGAAUUGGAUUAAGUUAAAAAAACAAAACCAGAGAAAAGGUGCGCCUGUUCAGAGCUCACUUUGGAAGAUGCCUAUAUGCAAGCUGUUCUUUGAGGAUACUGGCCAAACUUCCUGAAAGAAAACAUUCAUGUACUGUGAGCUGCUGCUUAUUUUUGUGUUGGCCAGAAGGGGGAGAUGCUGGCUAAGCUGUGGCAAUUGAAAGAGCGACAAAUUAAAUAGCAAAGCUUCUUUAGCAGGAGGCUGUUCUACAGGUAAAUAAAACCCUUAGGAUUGCAUUCCAAGUUGCAAUUUGUUGCUUGUAUUUUGAUAAGCACAAUCAGUUAUUUACUUAGUAUCCUUUAAAAUAGAAUAGAGCAUGUUGGAAAGGGAGGCGCAAGCUACUAUUCUCUGGAAGGAAAGACCAAAUAAAAACGAGUCUUACUCUCUAUUUAGAGCAGUAGUUUUGCAAGUCAGUUUUGACAGUUCUGCAUAAUUCCUAAGGACUGUUUGCCACUUCACUAUACCUUUGGCAUUUUGUCUUAUGCUUGGAGAAAAGUCAACUUGGUUGACUACUUCACAGCAGGCUAUACUAUAAACCAAUGGUAGAUCUGUCUCAAGUUUUAAAUUAUUUCUUAUCAUCAGAAUUGUCCCUGUCUCAAAAGCUAUUGGAAAAUAGCUUCUGGAGUUUGAUCAGACAAUAUCAAAACAAAUUUAACAGUACUUAUCAACAUGCUUUCAAAGUGGUAUUAAAAUAUGUUAUUUUCAAAGAGCUGAUUGCAUUUAAAAACAACACGGUCUUAGCUGCAUUGUUUCCAAAGUUUCCUCCUGCUUCUGCUCUAUAAAAGGAGUGAUUCAAGGAGUGAUCCUGUUUGAUUGAAUGCAGCAUGUGGCAUUUCUCAUCAUACCUGUUGAUAUAUUUGAUUCUGCCCUGAGAUAAAGUCUUCAGGCAUUCAGUGUAGAAGGAAUGCUUUGCAAACGGAAAUCUGUUUGGAAUACUGCCUAUUAGUUACUGUUCCCUUCAGAAAAAAAAAUGUUAUGCAAGUGUCAUGUUCACACAUGUGGAGUCAAAAACUCUAUCAUUCCUUUAAUAUACAAGGGUGUUCUGCACAAAUAUAAUUGUGUACCUGAAAUGCACCACUGGUUAUUUUUAAGGCAGAAAAAAAGACCACAUAGCAAACCCAUUCUUUCCAUGUAUUUGAACUGUUGAGCAUUUUAGUCUGCAUAUGUCUUGCACUAUGACAGCAGCCCUCUGCUGAUUAGAAGGGAUAUGUGUGUGUUGAAGAUUUUUCUAGUGAAUCCCCCCAUUCUAGUGAAUCCCCCCGUAGCACCAGCAUUGUUCCCUUUAACCAUGUGGCAGGUUGCUGUUCUACUCAAGUUUUACCCAUGCACGUGACUGGAUGUAUUACAUGCCAAUGGAAGUGGGUCCAGAGGGAAGAUGAGUUAACUUCACUCCUGUCACAAGACUUGGGAUGGAAACAGUAGCUUGCUGCACUACAACCAGCAAAGAGAGCUGGUGGGAAACUCUCCAAUGUCUUGUGUGGGGUGUGAAAUUUUUCCAUAUCAUCACUGUCUAAAGUAACCUUUUAAUGGGGUACUUUUUGUUUUUAGAAUCACGAAACUGAGUCCAUGAAAAUUGAUCUUGCCUCUUGAAUUGCAUCCUGGCUCUGGGCCUCUACUUAGUGCAAGGCAUUGUUGCCCAUUGAAAUAAAUCUUGAUGUACCUUCAUGCCCACAUAGCAUUGAUGUCAGAAUGAAGAGUGAGGUAGAAUAACUGAAAUGAGCACAAUUGCUCUUAUUUUCCUGAUGGACUCCUUGUGUGCGCUCCAGGGAUGGCCUUUUGUAAGAAAAUGAGCCUGACUAAUGCCAAUUGAAAGUGUUAUGUAUGCUGCGACGUAUGGAAGAUGUGAGCUGCAAGUGUGUUUAAAUACAGUUGGGCAACUUUUCAGGAUGCCAGCUAAUGACGGCUUGUUUGUCAAGCCACACAGUGGGGUAAACAAGUCUGAUGAAUUCUGGCUGCCUAUUAAAUAUAUCUGAUCCUAUUAUUUAUUGUUACAUUUAAGAUUAAUAAAGAAUGAUUUUUCUAGAAUGUG